GGGUGGGGUGUUAAAAAAAAAAAAAAGGACAUGGUCUCAGAACUCAAAUUAUUUAUAGACUAUUUAGGGAGAUAAACCACAUACAUGCUAAAAGCACUAAAGAAUGCCUACAGAUCAGGAUAUAGGGUACAAACAGGCACAUCGGUUAUCUCUGAAGGAAUUGUUUUAGCAUUUAUUGAGCACCACAUACACAUUUUUGAAUUACCAAAAUCCUGAAAGAAUGAGAAAAUUGAGGCUUAGAGAGACUGAGAAGUUUGCAAAACUGCAUACCACAAAUAAUUAGGAUAACUGGCCGAAUAAUUAGGAUAAUUGGCUGAAUAAUUGAAUGUGAAUAGAUCCACCAACAAUGGAUCAAUUAAUGUGAAUGAAUUUACCUACAGGUAAAGAAAAUAUGCCUCAAAUCGUGGGCUUUUUGGAGAACAUAUUUGGAAAACAUUCUUUGCUUGACAGAACACUUACAACCUUAGUAUAACAGACCUUAGAAAGAUUAAUUUCACCGAAUUGGAUUCCUAAGUUUUAGUGACACAAUAGUCGGGGAAAGCCAUUCAAAAUUUCUUUGUGUCUUUUACCAAUAUCAUUUGGUCUGCAGGAGGAACACACACAAAAAGUUGAUUUUCGAAAGAAAAACAAAGGAAGUGUUAGUCCUCUGAAAGGCAGCUUCGAACAAAUUUCAGCAAGGUAGUGAAACAAGGGGUCUUUGCACUGACGUCCGUUAGAGAGUUGUGGAAACCAAGAAGGAUGGAGUAUUUCACAAGGGAGGGCGGGAAGUAUUCAAAUGAUGGACAGAAAAGAACACUGAAAAGUGAUCUUUUCAGUGGUCAGACUAGGCAGGGACAGCGCACCGGAGAAUGGAAAGAGCAGCAGGAAGGUAGUGAGUGCAGGAUGGAGGGCGAAAUCAAGGUGCCCAGAGGAGAGCCCGCGGGGAGCAGCCCACCACUCGGGUCCACGCCGCCGAGCCCGGCCUGGUGAGGUCACAGGCCCUUAUGAGGUGGGGUAGGGCGUUGGGGCCGCAGUGCUGCCCAGUCAGCGCGGAGGCUGCGGCGAGCUCAGCCGCUCCCCGCGGCCUCCGGAGCCUCUGGGCCGUGGCGGAGGCGGUGGUAGCGGCAGCAGCGGAAGCCUGGGUCCCGCACUCCAUCGGCGCCCCGGGCCUGGUGGGCGGAGCGUCGGUCUCAGUCAGGAAAUCCUUUUGUGCUAUUGGUCAUUCAUACUUGUUCAUCAAGGCCAUUGAGUCCUCAAGGGCAGAAUUUACUGCUAAACUGAAAAAUGGAAACUAAAGUACCUUUAUUCUGCCAGGCAGAAGAAAAUAUCAGUUUUUCAGAUCAUGGCUGUAAUUCAUUUGUAACCAACCUGUCAUCAAGACGUACUGAUAACAAGAAAGACGUCAAAUUUUCUAAAGCAACGCAGAAGAGAAUUUCACAUGAAAUUAGGGAUUUGAGACUAGAACACAAAAAAAUGAAUGCAACAUCAGUAUUCCUGUGUGGAGAAGAAAAAUUCUCUGAUUUUUCAGGAGAAGAAAAUGUCAAGAGAGAGAAAACUUUACAAGGACAAUUGCAUACUAAAAGGACUGAGAUCGCCUCUUCCUCAGUGAAGCUGUCAAAGGAGAAGAUGACUAGGAAAGAAAACUCUUUAUUCAAGUUGCCGAAUCAGUACAGCAUUCAGAAGAUUUUACCACCCCUUUGUACAUCUUCCUCAAUUAUUCGGAAAAGGGAAAUGAUUUCUAGCCUCUACAAGACAUUAUAUAAUGAAGUACCUCAAAGAAACUUAUACUCACAAGAAUUAAAUGCACUUCAGAAGGCCUGUAAAAUUUUCAGCAAAAUUCAGAGUGGUAAGAUUUAUGUGAAUGAUCUGCCAACGAUCCAUCACACGUUGAAGAUUUUUAUAAGUGACUCAGAAAUGCAAAAAGCUCUAAAGACUAUAGAUAUUGAUGUUAAUGGAAUGCUGGACUUUUCAGAUUUCCUUAAGGCUGUGAACAAUGUUUGUUAUUUGGUCUCUCAGGAUCCAGCAUUCCAGAAUGCCUUGAAGAUUUUCUGUAGGAUAAAAAGUGGUCGAGUUGCCACUGAUGAACUGGCUGCUGUUUUGGAUAGCAUGGAUAUCCCUGUAAUCCCUGAAACUUUUCAGGAAGUGAUAAAGCAUGCUACUAUAGACAGUAACCACAGGGUGGAUAUUAGAGAUAUUAUAUUUACUUUGGAUGAACUACAGCACCAGUAUGAGGGUUUUUCAAUUAUGGAAUGGUCAGCCUUGGAUGAAUCUACUUCUAACAGAAAGUUAUCAAAUAUUUCAGAAUGCUAUCUACAGUAUAGGAAGAAAAGUGCUUUAUCUUCCAGACUAUUUGAACCAUCAUUAUUCCCGAAGUUAAAUGGAAAAAAUCUCCAAUAUCAUAAAAUUAUGGAGGAUAAUGAUUACCUUGAAUAUAAAAGAUCAAAAAAUCCUUUGCAAAUAAAAAAAUUCCCAAGUGGGAUUAAUAGCAGCAAUAUAGGAUUCCAGGAACUAUAUUCAAAGGAUGGCAUAAACUUUAAGAAACAUUCAGAGAAGAUUGAAAUUCAUGACUCAAAGUCUAUACCACAUAACCUGAAGAGGAUUACAAGCCUCAAAAAGUCUCUGGAUAAAAGUGAUAUAUUUAGGAUCCCCAGACUUCAGAAGCCAGAUGUGAGAAGGCAUUCUAGCCCCCUAAAACAGGUUUCAUCAAAGGAAAAAACUGCAAUGAAUGCUCUGGAAAACAUCUGUGAAGCUAUCCAUAAACUCCAAGAGAAUUACAUUGCUGCAGAAGAACUUCAGUCCAUUUUGCCUUCACUAGGAAUUACUUUAUCAGACAAAGAGCUCAAGAAGAUUGUGACAGAUACUACUCAGAAUGAAAGUGGAAUGGUGAACUUAGAUGACUUUAUGAAUGCUCUCUCCAUGGAGCAAAGUCCUCCUGAAUAUGAUGAGUUGACUGAUGUCAUUAAAGCUAUUGAUAAAAUUAAAGAUGAAAAUAUGGAUUUGGAGGAUCUGAAUACUUGUCUUCAGGAUUUUGGAGUUUACCUUUCUAAGCCAGAAUUUGAGAAGAUCACAGAGUUGACUGAAGCUAAUGAAACAAAAAAGGCAAAUUUUAAGGAAUUUGUUGAUACAAUGUUGACCAAUACGGAACGCUUCUCUGAAAAAUUAUUAUUGCCUGAUACUCUUGAAAACCUCCACAAUUUAAGCAAAGAGAAGAUGAAUGUUUCUCACCUGUGGAACACUCUCUCUGGGAUGAAUAGUAACUUGAAAAUAAAAGAAUUCCAAAGUGCACUGAAAUUAGCAACAGUUGAUGAAGGUGAUGAAGUGCAAAUAGAAGAAUUUGGAAAAGUGGUAAAGGAUAUGCGUGAUGCCUCCAGGUUAAAAGAGUUACAGAACAUUGUUUUAGCCCUUGAUGCGCUUGAAGGUGACAUGAUACCUGGGAAGAACUUGGAGAGCUUUCUAGGAAAUAUUGGGAUUAAGUCACCUGAAGAGGAGGUAGAGAAAAUUCUUAAAUCAGAUUUUGUUUCUGAUGAAAACAUGGUGAAUGUUAAAGAUUGUAUGAAGGCUUUGAAGGACAACCAGAAAUUUUCCAAUUUUAUUGCAUUGAAUGAUACCAUCAAUACAUUGGACUCUAUGGAAGAAAGUGAUCAGUCUGAUAAGGACAAAUAUGCAGAUGUACCUGGAAAUAUCAGUGGAAUUUAUUUCACUGAUAAUAGUCUUCAAAAAAUACUGGAUGAGUCCAUUGUUGAGGAUUUUAAGAAAGAGGCUUUGUCUUCAAAUCUGAGACUACCAAAAGCAGAUGAGAUUGAAGAAGUUACUCAUAUCUUGUCCAGUGUUGAUAAUGGCAAGAUUGAUAUACCUAGCUUGGAGCAUGCCCUGGAAAGUUUGAAUGUCAGUUUGACUGAGGAGGAUAUCAGUGAAGCCCUCCAGCGUUGCGACAUCAAUGAUAAUAAUGAAGUAAAUUUAAAAGAUUUCUUUGAAAGAAUUAAAGAAAGUCCGUCUUUCAAAGAGUCCAUAGCUACACAGCUACUCUUAGCUACUACCCAAAUUCUCCAGAAUGAUCUAAUUGAUGCCUCUGACCUUGAAGAAUUUUUGAUAAACAAUGACUUUCAUGCAGCUAAUGUUUUACUUAAUGAAGUAUUAAGACAUGAACCUGAACAUGAAAAUGGCAAGAUUACCAUUCAAGAAUUUUUAACUAAGUUCUGCAAUACAUUAAGAGUUCCUAAAGACACAGGAGAUAAAAACCAAUUUUACAACAUCAACAUUCACAAAAAUGAACUUACAGCUAUUCCUGACCUUAAGCAAAAUUUAAAUCCCAUUGGAAUCUAUCUAACAGAUGAUAAAAUAAAGGAGGCUUUGGAUAAUACUAAUCCUAAUGAUGAAGUGGUGAACUUUAAGGAUUUUAUCAGAACACUGACCAAAACUGAUGAAUUUAUCGAGUGCCAAAAAAUAGAAGAUGCAUCCAACAUUGUUAAUAGUGUCUUCGAUGGGAAAGUUGAACUUAAAGACCUUUUAUCUGCCUUGGAGAACCUGGAGAAACCUUUAAGUGAAGAAAAACCUGAGGCGUCACUGAACUCUGCAACAGAUGAAAAUAACAAGAUCGUAAAAGAUAUUAUUGAUGUUUUCACUAAUUCAUCUAAACCAUCAACACCAUUCAACAAUUUAUUUAAAGAGAUUACAACUCUUGAUAAGAUCAGAAAUGAUAAGAUGCCUGCAAAUGAACUGAGCUUCCAACUCUUGAGUGCUGGAAUUCCACUGACCAAUAAGACAUUCCAGGAGAUUCUGGGUCAGGCAUCUACUGAUGAAAAUAGUGAAGUAAGUCUCAAACAAAUUUUGGACUCUUUGAACACAAAUAAGCCAGUUCCUCAAUUUGAAGAUUUAUCUACUGCCCUCCAGACUGUCAACUUGAUGGACUCCAACAAAAUUCAAAUUAAUAACUUGCAAGAUGCUUUUGAUGACCUCAAUGUUUCUGUAAAGCCUGAAGAACACCAGAUGUUAGAGAAAACGCUUGAUGUUGAUGAAAAGGGAGAGGUUUCCCUAAAGACUGCCCUUUUGGCACUGAAGAGCAAUAAGCGUUUGCAAGAUUUUAGAGAGGUUAAGGAACUUGCAAAUGCCUUAAACAAAGUCACCAAUGAAAAAGUUGAUGUUGAUGAAGUAAAAUCUAUACUGAAAGGCCUGGGGAUUUAUUGCCCAAAGGAAGAAUUACAGGAGGUACUUACAUCUAUUCCUCUUGAUAAUGAGGGGAAAGUGGACUUAAAAGAUUGUCUGACCCAGUUAAAGAAAAUGCCAUAUUUUACAAAAGGUUCAAAAAAAGAAGGCCCCCUGAAAACUCUGGCUGCCAUUAGGAAAAAUAUGGUCACUCCUGAAGAACUAGGCUCCAUUAUGAAAAAUAUAGGAGUUCCAUUACCUGAAGAUGUGCUUGAAAGAUUACUACAGAAUAUGACUCUCACAGAGGAUGGGAAAGUGAAUUUACAAGAGUUUAUGAGCAAUUUAAUCAAUUCAGGAUUUUCACCUCUACCUGAAAGAAGUAGGGUUGAUAACAGCAACCUAGAUACUUUUCCAGGAAACAUGAGGAUGGAGAUGUCAGGAGAAACAGUAGCUAUCAGAGACCUGAAUGAGGUACUAAGGAACAUGGGCAUUGAACUCACCAAAGAAGAAGAUGGAGAGCUAAGAAAAAAACUUCCAGUUGAUGCUAAAGGGGAUACUGAUCUGAAAACACUGGUGGAUACAGUACAAGAUAUUAGAGGAGAAGCUGACUUCAGUGAGCUGGAUAAUGUCCUGCGAAAAAUGGGUAUAAAGCCCUCACCUAAAGGACACUUGCAGCCAGAGAAGUCACUUCCAGUUAAUGCUAGUAGAAAUAUGUAUAAGAAUAAGUUGCUGACUUCUCCAGAAGAUAUAAAAGGAUUGCAAGUUGAUGACCAUGACCUUGACUCUAUUCUUGAAAACAUGGCAGUCAGUCUUCCAGCUGAGGAACUUAAUGAUCUUACUCUAACUCCACCAGUUGAUGCGAAUGGGAAGUUUGGUAUCAAUAACUUAACAGAUGGAAUGGAUGGAGUAAAAGCUAUUACAGGAAAGGUUGAUAUAAAUGACAUGAAAAAAGUUCCAGGAAACAUGGGGAGAGAACUCAAAGAUAAUAAAUAUGAGGCGUUGGUGAAUAAUCUGCCAAUCGAUGGAGGGAAGGUUAAUGUGAGUAAUUUGGACAGCAUUCUGGGGGACAUGAGGAUUAAGCUCCCACAAAAGGAAUGGGAAAAACUGACAGAAAACCUGCUACUUAAUGCUAAUGGGAAGGUUGAACUCGGCACACUGAUGGAUGCAGUGACCAAUGUUACAGGAGGAGAAGUUAACGUCAGCGAUAUUGAAAGUAUUCUGGAAAAAACUGGGAUAGAGCUCACAGAUAAGGAGUGCUUAGAACUAAAGAAGUAUCUGCCAGUUGAUGCUGUUGGAAAGGUGUACCAAAAUAGGGUGAUGGAUGGUUUGAAAACUCUUAAAGGAGGGAUUGUUGAUGUCGCCAAAUUAGACACUGCUUUGCAAAGCAUGGGAAUGAAACUCACAGGAAUGGAAAGUAAUGAUUUGAUAAAGAACCUACCUGUUGAUGAUAAUGGGAAGAUUAAAAUGAAAAAAUUAAUGGAUGCAUUGAAUGCUUUUUCUGGAAAAAAGAUUGAUGCCAAUGACCUACUAGAAGUUCUGGGAAACAUGGGGAUCGAGCUCACCGAGGAGGAAUUUUUGAAGCUGAAACAAAUUGUGCCAAUUGACGCUGCUGGAAAGGUGUAUCAGAAAAGAUUGUUGGAGGGGGUGAAGUCAUUAAAAGAAGGAAUGGUUAAAGCCAAUAACCUAGACAAUGUUCUGGAAAACCUGGGAAUUGAACUCACAGAAAUGGAACAUGAAGAUCUGACAGAAUAUUUGCCACCUGACGCAAAUGGGAAGAUUGGUCUCAAAAAUGUGAUAGAAGCAGUAGAAGCUGUUACAGGAGGAGAGGUUGAUGUUAGUGAUGUGGGAAAUGUCCUGGAAGACAUGGGAGUAACCGUCACAGAUAAGGAAUGUGGAGAGCUGGUAAAGAAUCUGCCAGUUAAUGCUAAUGGGAAAGUCUACAAGAAUAGGUUGCUGGAUGGUUUGAAGUCUCUUCAUGGAAAACAGAUUGAUGCCAAUGAUCUGCUAGAAGUUCUUGGAAACAUGGGGAUCGAGCUCACUGAGGAGGAAUUUGUGAAACUGAAACAAACUGUGCCAAUUGAUGCUGCUGGAAAGGUGUAUCAGAAAAGAUUGUUGGAUGGGGUAAAGUCAUUAAAAGGAGGAAUGGUUAAAGCCAAUAACCUAGAUAAUGUGCUGGAAAACCUGGGAAUUGAACUCACAGAAAAGGAACGUGAAGAUCUGACAGAAUAUUUGCCACCUGACGCAAAUGGGAAGAUUGGUUUCAAAAACGUGAUGGAAGCAGUGGAAACUGUUACAGGAGGAGAGGUUGAUGUCAGUGAUGUGGGAAAUGUCCUGGAAGACAUGGGAGUAACCGUCACAGAUAAGGAAUGUGGAGAGCUGGUAAAGAAUCUGCCAGUUAAUGCUGAUGGGAAAGUCUACAAGAAUAGGUUGCUGGAUGGCUUGAAGUCUCUUCAUGGAGGAGUUGUUAAUGUCAAUAAGCUCGAUUCGGUUUUGAGAACCAUGGGAUGGAAACUCACAGAAGAUGAAAUUAAGGAUCUCAAAUGCAAUCUACCCACUGAUGUAUAUGGGAGAGUUGCAAUGAAAAAGUUGUUUGAUGGAUUAAAAGCUACUAAAGGAAAAAAGAUGAAUGUGCAUCAUGUACCAGAUUUUGUAAGCAAUUUGGGUGUUGAGCUAACAGAUAAAGAAAAUAAGAGGCUGCUGAAGAAGCUUCCAGUUGAUGCUUCUGGGAAGUUCUCUCAAAAUAGAUUGUUGGAUAAUCAGAAGUCUUUCACAGGAAAAAAGAUUGAUGCCAAUAAUAUGCUAGAAGUUCUUGGAAAUAUGGGGAUCGAGCUCACUGAGGAGGAAUUUGUGAAGCUGAAAAAAAUUGUGCCAAUUGAUGCUGCUGGAAAGGUGUAUCAGAAAAGAUUGUUGGAUGGGGUGAAGUUAUUAAAAGGAGGAAUGGUUAAAGCCAAUAACCUAGACAAUGUGCUGGAAAACCUGGGAAUUGAACUCAUGGAAAAGGAACAUGAAGAUCUGACAGAAUAUUUGCCACCUGAUGGCCAAGUUGCACUUUCCUAAAAAGCCUCAGGUGGCUACAACUCAG